AUGUUGCCACACCCGAUUCUUGCAACGAAGGAUGACGAGGUGUACGUAGAACAAAGUAUCUUGUCCAUGCCGGAACUUAUGGACACCUUCUUUGGACUUCUAGAGCAAGUGUUCCUGGAGGGCAAAAACGAGCAAACUCCUCGAGUCUAUGCUGUGCACCACUCCAUUCAGUCCACGCUCAAGGUGCUUGCCACUGUGCCUCCGUCGUCGUAUCGAAGGAAUGAUUCUGAAUCAAGUGUCGACGAACUCCCGAAGCGGCUUGAGCGGAUGGAAAGACUUUUUCUCGAUGAUGUUGUUAGUGUUGGACCACAGGCUUUGGCGUGGAAAAAACCGGUGACUAGAUUAGCACAGGAAGCAGCUCAGCACAUGCGAGAUGCACACAUUAAAUUUCCCUUCUCCUCUUCCUUUGUACGGAAAGGGGUCACACACAGCUCAGUCGUAUUUGGGUUGCUGAUCGCCAUGCUGGUUUCCUCAUUUCUUGAGGUCACAGUCGCGCUGCUACUUGUUCCGUUGGUCCGCCCUCCUCCUGUGGUUGGGGUAGGUGUGGGGAUCAUCUCCAUUUUGUUCUUGGCAAUUCCCUGUAUUGCUAUCGGCUACUUUUUCUUCGCCUCGUCGGGGGCACUGCAGGAGUUCUACACUCGAAUGAUCGAAGAGCGUAUUUGCGCCAAUUCGAUGCCGCUGCGCCUGUCUGAACAGAACGACGGUGCGAGAGUCCCAAUUGGUGCAGCGAACCCGCUGCGGGUGCGCCGAGGGCGCGAUACAAAGAAAGGCUACUACACUAUUCCCUACGGCGACGGUGUGGGGUAUAUUGAGGGAAAGCACCUGGAUGCACAAGCAGUGAUGAUUGGGUUCGAUGAAAAAUUCCUUAUCACACGUUGGAACAUAGCCGCGGAGGUGAUGACAGGCUUCCUCGAAAACGGCUGUAUAGGGAAGCCGCUCUCGGAGCUCGUCAUUACGCCGAGCGGUGACGCUGCACAAGACAUCACUGCCCUGCAGGCGUCCCGCGGCGAUGUGAUGAAGGUAAAGCUGCGUGCCUUUGCUACAGCUCCAGUGACACUACUCACGAUAGCCGCACCAAUCUUGAAUCCUACAGGGACGCCAAUUGGGAGCAUUCUUAUUUGCGCAAACGCCAAGGAUAACUUAGGAGAGCAUCGCAACUACAUUCGUGACUAUUUCACAUCCGAGGUGAAUCUCUCAAUAUCCAAAUUGGUCUCGGCAAAGGUGGUAAAAACGGAAGGACAAGCUCUAAUUACUGGUCUGCAGUCUUUUCUGCAGUGCGCCUUCGUGAAACAGGUGGACGAGUUCGCGCGCGAGAUGUUGACAGAAUGGGAGUGGACCACAGCAGAACAGCUGUUGGCACAAGCACUCCGCUCCUCAACAUUGCAACACACAAGAUACGUAGAUCCCAUGUUUCCUGCCACACUGUGCUUACAUCCAAGCGUACCCAAAGUUAUUGCUACUGUGUUGAGUGCUCUGGGAGUUGCAUGUUCUGUGAAACUGCAGACGUUGAACCCAACUGGCAGCAUUUAUUCUUUGGCUGUGACCAUAACCCCAGUCUCUAAGGAAAAUGAGAAGCGACUUAAGAAGGCGAAUUUUCGGGAAAAUAUUGUACCUUCUCUACGCAGUAUCUGCGGGAAUAUGCACAUUGAUGACCACUAUGUUUCACUGCAUUUCCCGUGUCAGGUGACAGCAGCACUGGAGGAUGUGGAGGAUGCAGCCUUUAAGGCCUUUGAGGCGCGCAGUGAACGGUCCAUCAUUGACCAGACACGCGCCAUCGUCAACUGCACAGUAAAUGUUCUUACACUCAUUACAAACUUGGUGGACCAGCACAAUAUCUCCAUGAUUCUUUUGAAAACUAUGUUUGUUUCCCUUACGAGUGUGCGAGAACGACAUGAACUGGAAAAACGCCUCAAAUCAUCUACAAAUGACGUGGAUGUAAUUGUGUGCGAUCGUGGGUGGCUAAAUUCGGCGCGGGAAUUAAUACUCUCUCCUGAUCAUGGGGCUAUCGUCGUGCCAAUAGCUGAGCCCGGCGUUUCCGUCGCCUCGGAAGGGUUCCAGUACGUUAUCAACACACCCAUCUCUGGCAGCGAGAUACGGAGGGUACUUAUGGACAUAGGCACAGUUGUAUCACUCAAGAAGAAUGCGACCACUGCACGAGAGGAGCGCGAGCGCAUUCUCACACUCCGGCAGGACUCACCCUGGACAAAAGGCAAACUCCUCGGCCGAGGUUCAUUCGGCGCAGUGUAUGAAGCUGUGAGUGAUCUAACAGGCGGAAAGAUGGCCGUGAAGAUGUUUUACUUCUCUGCUGAUGGCGAGGAAUCUAUCAAUAAGCUCCUCAACGAAAUCCAGAUCAUGUGUAGUCUGAACCACCCGAACAUUGUCCAUUAUUUCCAUUGUGAGCGCAAAAACAACAAUGUAAAUCUUUUUAUGGAGUUAUGUGAUGCUUCCUUGAGUGACAUUAUCGUUGGAAAGACCAAGAAACCAGCGAAUCUGACCGUAGUACAGAUUAUUUGGCAGGUACUAACGGCUCUCACAUAUCUGCACGUCCGUGGUGUGGCACACCGGGACGUCAAACCGCCAAAUAUUUUGCUUAAAGGGGAAACUGUGAAAAUAACAGACUUUGGAACGGCGCGGCAGGGAAAGACAAGCAAAGAUGUGGAGGGUACACUUCGAUAUAUGGCUCCAGAAGUCUACAGAGGGGAGCCCCACUCGAGCCAGUGCGACAUUUGGUCCAUUGGUUGCUUGGCCAGCGAGCUCUUUGCCUGCCCACCCAAGUUUAUGGAUAGCCCGUUGCUUUUGGCGGACAUGACGUCUGCCGCCCCAUACUUGACAAACACUACUGACAAUGAGACGCUGAGCGACUUCUUGCGUAGGUGCUUCCGCCAUAAUCCUGAACAGCGACCAACCGCUGCGGAUCUUUUGCUGCACCCCCUUUUUUCCCCUGCGUGUAGUGAUGAUAUUGAAAAGCUCCCCACCAUUUUUUCUCCGGGCGCCAACCCCAAAAUACCCUUUGCCUUUUCUCUCUCAACCCAAAAGGAAUAG